AUGGCCGAAAAGGCUGAUAAACAAGAUCCUUUGUUAAUGAAAGAUCGGGACAUGUUUUACACAUUUCUGGCAAAGUAUGGGGCUCGACCCUCUGUACCCAGAGAAGAUUGGGCUCAAGAUAAUUGGGCAAACUUGCAGAAUGUAGUGGACCAAGUGACCUCUUUACAGACUGAAGUUAAAGUUAGAUCAGGUAAGGGCAAAACUAUAGUCUGUGCCAUUUUAGGAGCCAGCCUGGUCGCAGCAAUCGAAGAUCGCCUUAGAAAACAUAGCAAUGAAAACAAAAUUAUAGAAUCCCUUGAAAAUUUGGUGAAAGUUCUGCAAAAAGUGAAUUAUGACUUAGAACAACAAUUAGAGAAAGAAAGGGAAGAAAACCGCUUGUUAAAAACCACUCUGAAGGCAAAAUGCUCUAAAGACACUGAAGUCCUGAGUGUAAUAGAGCUGGAAGUAGAGGAAAAGGGUAUUUGACAAAUAAACCCAAUAUACCCUCAGAAGGAGUUGGAAGAGGCGAGAAAAUGUUUUGUGGAAAACCCUCAAGUGAGACCCUUAAUUAAAACAGAAUAUACUUAUCUGAAUGAGGACGAUGAUGAUCCUCACAUUACAACCAAAGAGAUACCAUAUACUGCCACUGAGCUAACCAAACUGAAAAGAGAGUAUGGGCGCCUUCCUAAAGAAUCCGAAACGGAGUACGUGUGGCGCGUAUCCCUAACUGGGGGGGACCAAAUUCAAUUAAGUGAAAAGGAAGCUGGUGGCUAUUGGGGUCACAGAGUUUUCUUGACAACAGGAGAUAAACGUGCCCCAUGGUCCCUAACCCAGCGAGCUGCUUAUUGGGCUGGAGGAUUGAACCCUUUGGACAGAGAGGAUCCCCUGGCAAUCACUGGCACAGCUGAUCAAUUUUUAGAAAGUGUACACAAAGCAGCCUUACAAAUGAUACAUGAAAGACAAUUAAUUCCCGGAUGUGAAUCCCUAAUGAUGCUGCCGGUGAAUCCCAAAAUCAUGACCCCCUUGAUAAGGGGACUUCCAGAGUCACUCAAACCUACGGGGGUUAGCCUUCAAAGGACCAUCGUGUCGAUGGGCCCUGUAGAAAGGCUGGAAGGUUUUAUUAGAAGCCAGAGAAAUGAAACACCGGAUUCAGUUUCUUCCCACCAUACGACCUCAGCAUCAAGUAAUAAAAGGAUAUGGACCUGGGGGCAAGUAGCACAAGAAUUGAUAGAUUAUAGUAGGAAAUAUGGUCCUGUAAAAAUCCCAGAGGAAAAGUCGAGGGGAAUCUGCCAAAUAGAAGUUGAGGAUUUGCCCCUCCCCACCAGUAAAACUGUAGCUGCCGCUGAUGUCCUGAGAAAGGAGCAUCCGCACCAUAAAACAGGAAAGGGAGGACAGUCCAUGACUCGACAACAGUGGUGGCUUUUGGGAAUUAAAAUGGGAGUCCCCAGGGAUAUAAUGGAUGGCUUACCCUUUGAUAAAUUGAGCAAGGUAGUUUUGAAGUGGCAUAAUCCAAAACAACCCUCUCAUACACAGGGCAGGAAAAAAAUAUCACCCGAUACACCCUCAACUGCCCCCGCUGAGAAAGCUGUUUCCCAUGAGCAGGGAAGCUAG